AUGGAGAAGAGAAAACCAAACACAGGCAUUCCCCGUGUGUUCUGCAUACCUGGCGCGAAAGUCCUGUGGGCUAAACUGCGUUUGAAUGCGGUCUCAGCCAGCCACAGCACUGAUUGGUCAUUCAGAGGUCAAUGCGUGCGGCGUUGUUGCGCACUCUCUGGCAUGUCAGCCAAUCAGAAUCAAGAGUUACACUCGCCAGAUAACGCAGCCGGCUCAGACCGGUCAGCCACGGCUGGAAAGCCAAUGAAUUUCAUGGGGCGGUGA